AUGGAGGGGUUUAUUAUGGGACGACCGGGACGUCGAGAUAAAUAUAAUGUCAGGUCCGAACGGCAAUUCGUCAUGAACAAAAAGUCUCACAAAAAAAAGCAGAAACGUCGGAAUCGCAACGAUGGAAGAAACAAAGAAAACAUUAUCGAAGCAGAUGUUGCGACGAAUCAAAACGGAGAUGCCAAAGAACCUCAAAUUGAACGAGACAAGCCUAAGCAGGACUUGUGUUAUGAGAUCAAGCAUUCAGAUGUUAUGGGAAGAUACCUGGUCGCUACUCGCGAUAUCAAAGCUGGCGAGGUGAUAAUAGAAGCGCCAGCGGUCGUCGUAGGGCCGUGUUCCGGCUGCGGGCUCAUUUGCCUCGGCUGCUACAGGGAAUUAGAAGAAACUAGCUUAACGAAAUGCGUCGGUUGCAAGUGGCCACUCUGCAGCAGCUCGUGUCAAGGACUUGGGAAGUACACCGGCCAUUCGACGUACGAAUGUGAAACUUUAAAAUCGGUCACUCCAGACUACAGCAACAUUGAAGACUUAAAGGAUUCGUAUCAAGCUCUUGCACCAUUAAGAUGUUUACUUUUAAAAAAGGAAGAUCCCGAUAAAUGGGCUGCUCUUUCAGCGAUGGAGGCUCACAACGACAUUCGUCGCGCAAGGGGCGACAUCUGGCCAAUGAACGACAGGAACGUUGUGCAGCGACUCAAGAAAUGGGGUUUGGAAUACGACGAAGAGGAGAUACAUACCGUUUGUGGUAUAUUAGAGGUAAACGCGUUCGAAGUGGGCGUCAGUGGCGCCAACGCCCGCGCGCUCUACGACGAGGCCUACCUGCUCGCGCACGACUGCACGCCCUCCACCACGCACACCGACGCCGAGGACCGGCCCGCCAGACCGCUCACCGUGCGAGCCUCCAUACCGCACAGGGCCGGGGAUAUCAUAUCACUGUGCUACGCCUAUACGCUGCAGGGCACGCUGAAGCGGCGCGAGCACCUGCGCCUGAGCAAGUUCUUCGAGUGCUCGUGCCUGCGCUGCGCGGACCCCACGGAGCUGGGCACGGCGGCGAGCGCGUUCCGCUGCCCGCGCUGCGGCGCGCGCGUGCUGCCCGCCGACCCGCAGCGCGCGCCCGCGCCCUGGCGCUGCGCCCACUGCCCCUACGAGAUGGCGGCGGCCGCCGUGCUGCUGCUGCUGCAGCGAUUAACGGACGAAUAUGAGCAGAUCGAUGCCAACGACGUAGCAGGCUUCGAGAGCUUCCUUACGAAGUAUCGCAACGUGCUACACGACAGUCACUAUCUCUUCCUCUCGGCGAAACACUCGCUGAGUCAGCUCUACGGAAAGGUGUCGGACUUCAUGAUUCACGAGAUGUCCGAGGAACAACUGAACCGGAAGGUCGAAAUAUGCAGGGACUUGAUGAAGGUCUUCGACGUCAUUGAGCCGGGUUACUCGAGAUUACGAGGAAUUACUUUGUAUGAACUCCACGCUCCACUUAUGGUACUGACCACGAGAGAUUUUGAAAGGAAAGCCAUCACAAAAGAAAACUUACGAAAUCGAUUAAAAGAGAUCGUGAGCUAUCUGUCGGAGUCUGCUCUGAUCUUGGGCUUCGAGCCGCGCCACUCGCCUGAGGGGCUGAUGGCGGGCGCGGCCAGACAUGCGCUCAGCAAGAUCAAGACCUGGGAACACAUCAUCGGGAAGAUAUCAAUGUCUCUUUUAGGAAUCAUGACAGCUCAAGAACCGUGUAUAGUGUGCUCAAUUCCUACAGAGCAUAAAUGCUCAAGCUGCCAAGUGGUUCACUAUUGUUCAAGGGACCACCAGAAGCAACACUGGAAACAGCACAAAUAUGAGUGCAUUCCUGCCAGAAUAAAGCAAGAUGCAAAAUAUGGAAGGUACCUCGAAGCAACAAGGAGUAUUAAAGCUGGAGAUGUCAUAAUGAAAGAAUCGCCCCUCAUAACCGGCCCAUCACAGGUAACUCCACCAGUUUGUUUGGGAUGUUAUCAAUUGUUGGAAGAAGGUUCAAUUGUAACUUGCCAGAAGUGUGGCUGGCCUUUUUGUUCGGAAACUUGUACUAGAAACGCAGUACAUAUACCUGAAUGUCACUAUACCCAGAAAAGAGGAGAAAAGGUUUCCAUAUCUACAUAUGGAAUCCCACACCCAAAUUACCAAUGCAUCACCGUCUUGCGGUGCUUGUACCAACGCGAUCAUGACCAGAAGCUAUGGGCUAAGCUUCAGGCACUUGAGUCUCACAACGAAGACCGCAAGGGCACGGAAAAAUGGGAAAACGACAGAAAGUUGGUAGCCGAGUUCAUUUGGAAGUUCUUUAAAUUAGAUGGAGUCUUUAACGAGGAUGAAAUCAUGCAGUGCUGUGGAAUAGUGCAGAUCAACGGUCACGAGGUACCUCUCCUGGAGCCAGAGUAUGUGGCGGUGUUUGAUAAAAUAUCGAUGGUAGAACACAAUUGUCGUGCCAACUGCAAUAAGAGUUUUACAUCGGACGGGAACAUUAUCCUCUCUGCAGGCGUCAGUAUAACACCAGGCUCGCACAUAUCUGUGUGCUACACAGACCCGCUUUGGGGCACCGAAGCUCGUCGCCACCAUCUAUCUGAUUCUAAGUUCUUUGAGUGUUCUUGUGAGAGGUGCUCUGACGUCACGGAAUUUGGAACCAUGUUUAGCGCUGUUAAGUGUAAAAAGAAGGGAUGUAAGGGUUACUUACUACCGGAUACUUUUGUUCUUCCAAUUCUCCAUAAGACGAAAUCUCCCGAUCCAAAUACCCGAGGCUUGGAUAAUAAGUUUUGGAAAUGCAACGCUUGCAAAGAUGAAGUGUCGGACGCAAUCAUUCAGCAAUUGUUGCAGGACAUCGGUAGAGAGUUGAGCGCUAUGCCCAAAGGUGAUCCGGAUGCUUGUGAAAGAUUCAUCAGCCAUUGCUGUAACUAUUUGCACCCUACACAUUACUACAUGACGGACAUAAGCCUUGCGCUGGCGCAGAUGAUCGGUCAGCAGGACCAACUGGGCUUGGCGGGUAUCACUGAUGACCGGUUGCUGUUAAAGACACAGUUGUCCCGGAAAAUUACGGAUUUGUUAGAAAUCUUAGCACCAGCUGAAACACGCCUGCGCGGGUCGUUGCUGUUUGAAUUGCACGCUGCCAUCGCAGAGACGGGUCGCAGGAAAUCUCUAACCGAAGGACCGAUGGUCAUGUUAGGAUAUAUAACGGAAUCACGAAAGAUACUUCAGGAGUCAGCAGAACUUUUGGCCCACGAGCCGCCGGAGCUGCCAGAAGGUCGCCUCGGUCGCCAGGCGAAAAUCAAUCUGUUGCAAAUGGAUGAGCUCAUCAAGAAUCUUUCAGCAGCCCUCCCUUCGCCAUUGUAGUGAAAUAAACUACUUCGUUUA